AUGUCCAUCAAAAUGUCAGGCUUCCUUUUGAAAAUCACAGGUAUCUCGAAGGCGACAAACAGUAUCGGACAGAAGCGAAGGAAAUUCAUGGUGGUCUAUACCAUAGCUGCACUCGUUUAUGGCGUGUACGUGAACGUCGUGGAUAUUUAUCAUAACUUGCAUAAUUUGGACCAUUGUAUCUUUCUGGCUUCCAACACGUUGAACAUAAUAUUGGCGAUGUUCAAGCUUUCGGUACUGCACUUUUAUAAAACGGAAUUUUCGGAUAUAAUUGUAUACGCUCAAAAGCAUUUCUGGCAUAUCGAUUACAAUGACGAUGAGAAGAUACUUUUCGCAGAGUGCAGAAAUUUUUGCAAGUUAUGGACGGUAUUUAUAUUGCUUGUUACAGAAAGCUCUUUGUCUUUCUAUGCAAUUGUACCAAUCAGCGCGAACAUUGGAAACAAUGGUUCAGAAAGGUUACUUCCAUUCAAAAUGUGGGUCAAUCUACCAUUAACCGUGACACCUUAUUAUGAAAUAAUGUUCGCCAUCGAGGUAUUGCAAAUCUCCAUACAUGUAGAUUUUAAACUGAUGGUCGUUUUUUCUUGUGCGCCCUCAAGUUUUGAAAAGUUUAAACUUUUAGCAACUCUAUAUCUUUCGUUGCCGGAAUACUUUGCCCAUAUAAUUUUCUUCACAUAUAUCUGCCAUGGUUUGGUAGAAGAAAGCACGAAUAUUAGCAUAGCGUCGUAUUCGGGAUGGUGGGUGUGUCUGCCAAUGAGCAAAACAGGCAAAAAGAUACGAAAGGAUAUGAAGAUGAUGAUGAUGAAAGCGAUGAGACCGUGUCAACUGACCGCCGGAGGAUUCUUUCCUGUGAAUUUGGAAACAUCUACCGCGUUAUGCGUCGUGAAUCUUCACGAAAGCUUCAAUAACGCAAUCAAAGAUCAGAUAGGCGAUCAGAAAUCAGAUACGAGAUUAUCGUAUUAUGCAAUUAUUUCUGAUACAAAGUUGAAGAGUUGUGUACAACAGCAUCGAGUACUCAUUGAAUAUCGCAGAAAGUUAGAAAAUAUAUUUAUGGCGAUCGUGCUUGGCCGGGUAAUUUCUUGCUACGAUGUAUGCCUUGUGGGAUUUCAGCUAUUUCUGGUGAAUAUGGUAGGCGAUAUAUUUUAAGUUCUAUCGUUCAGUCGUUUCGUUUCAAAUUGUCUCAGUUACUUGCGCCUAAAGUUAUCUCUUUACAUUUUUAUUAUUUUUGUUGAAAAUUUUAUUUCUUUUAUAAACGUGUGUAUGCAGUAAUCGUGAAAAUUAGAGACUACGCGAUGCCAGGA